AUGGUCAUCGCUAGUAACUUUUUGGGACCUGAAAUAGCUGCUUACAAUGGGAGCUUGUUAGGGAAGAAAAUACUGUUUUCCUAUACUGAUAAAGUUAUCAAUAAGACUCCAUCAGCUGUUCAGAAGAUAAAACAGCUUCUUAAAGAUAAACCCGAGCAUGUAGGCGUGAAAGUAGGUGUUCGUACAAGAGGAUGCAAUGGACUUUCUUACACAUUAGAAUAUACAAAAUCGAAAGGAGACUCUGAUGAAGAAGUAGUUCAAGACGGGGUUAGAGUGUUUAUUGAGAAGAAGGCACAGCUGACGCUUCUAGGAACUGAAAUGGACUAUGUAGAAGACAAACUGUCCAGUGAAUUUGUCUUCAAUAAUCCAAACAUCAAAGGAACAUGUGGCUGUGGAGAAAGCUUCAACAUUUGAAACCUCAGGACUACUUCUUUGACUUUGAACACACCAAAAUGCUUACUAUUACGGCUUUUGGAAGCAAAUGCAUUUUCUUCAGGUUCGUAGGCUGCAUAAGGUGUGGAUAUGAUUAAGAAAAAUAAAGUUAAAUCAUUUUGAAAAUGUAAAUUGUGUGUUAAAUUCCACCACUGAUGUAGUUAUGCUAUAAUUUGUGGUGAGUUGGGAUCCAAAAGGUAAGAACAGUAAGCGCUGUAGUAACGUCUCUGUACUUCUACAUGCCAAGGAAAUAAAAUCUCACUGUUCUUUUCCUUUGUCAUUUUCUUUGUCCACUCUACUUAGACUUCCCCAUCCAAAAUCUCUUUGAAAGAAUACAUUGCCUAUGUGUUCUGCUUUCAUCUGGGGGGAAAA